UGAGUGCCAGACCACUUGAUUGGCUCGUAUGCAGACUUUAAGUUACCUUUUUAGAGUACAAAAGUAGUGGUCAGAAUACUUUUUACUUGGCAGAUGACGUCACUGGAAUGAAAGCUCACAGUUCUCACAACUAUCAUGCUGACAGUAUUACCCAAAAUGGUAUAUCAAGUCAUGAUAUGAACUUGAAGGCUAGUAAUGAUGUUGCUCUCCAGAAUUCCCUGUCCCAAAAGAGUCAGGAAACAGAAAAUGACAAUAUACCAGAAGAAGUACUGGGACCUGGUUCAACAGCUGUCCCUAUCCUCAUGCGAACAGCUAAAUCAUCUAGUGGAGCAGUCCUUCAGGUUGACAAUUUUGUCGACUGUGAGGAUGAGGUGAGCGAUGAUAAUGAUGAUGAUGGCGAAGAAGAAGACAACAGGAAGGUCCACUCUUUUCUGGAAGAUGACAUUCUCUCAUCUAACUAUUCUCCUUCAGUUCUGUCAAUGUCUAACUCAUCAAAGUUCCAAGAAGUGGAAAAAUCUAGCACUAACAAUUCUUUUAAUAAGGUUGACUUAGAUGAUGAAAGCCUGAAAGCAGCCAAAGAAUUAGAAAUCUGUUAUCUUUCAGCAGAUGUAUCGACCCUUCCUGGGGAGGUUGAUGAUCAUGAAACAGCUGUCAGUGAACAACAAGAUACCAGCUGUGCAUGUGAAGCAGUUAUAAGUCCCAACAUAAGACAACUUCAGAUUUCCACAAGAAUCAAUAACUGUGAUAAAAAGAAUAAUGAUCAAAAUAAUCUCAUUGAGGUACUGUAA